GGCAUGUGAGCGGUACUGUGCAGGGCAUCACUGGCCGGGCAGCGAUCGCGCCGCCGCCAUGACACUCGCAGUCCGCGCGCCCCGCAGCGCCCCGCGUCCUGAGUUGCGCGUUGCCACAGCUCUACAAUAAUAUAAUUUCAUAAAUUAGCGGAGAAAACCGUGACCCGCUACGUGACGUCACGCGCUGCGACCCGUGCUCUUUAGCGAGCGCCCCUGCCCCGGUGUCUGCUGCGACCCGCACUCUCCGCCACUGAACGCCCCUGGGAGCGCUAAUACCGGAAAUGGGAGUGUCGGGGGAGAGCGAGGGCUGCGCGGCGGCGCGCACGUGGCGGCUGGCCUGCGCCGUGCUGUGCCCAUCCGCCGCGCCCACCGCGCCCACUGCGCCCACAGCGCACUCAGCGCACGCCGCGCCCACAACGCCCUCCGCCACCGACGAGGCCUGGCAGAAAGUGGUCGACGCCUCGCCGCCGGACUCCGUGUGGCACUCCAUCAGCAACUGCGUCGCCUACCAGGCGGGCGUGUGGCACAACCUGCUGUCGAAGGGCAUGAGGGACGUGGCGCAGCCGGCGGCCUUCAAGCUGGCGUUGGUGCUGCGCCACACGCCCUCCGAGCUGACCGUGCGCUUGCUGGCCGACCUGCUCAAGUCGCAUCCGGAGUCGCAGGAGGUGACGGGGUACGUGCUGGCGCUGCUGACGGACGACGCGGCGGCGGCGGCGCGGCGCGGCUGCAGCGGGGAGUGCGCGCGGUACGGUCAGGAGGUGUCGCUGCGGGACCUGCAGCUGUUCGGGGACUGCGAGCUGGCCGUGCUGGCCGCCUCGCGCGAGGAGUACGACGCGCACGCCAAGCUCGUGCGCGCCGAGUACUCCAAGCUCACGCAUCACAACUACGUCGAGCUGCGCAUCAAGGUGUUGAACCAGUUCUCGCAGAUUCCCAAGUUGUUCCACACGGAGGAGUUCGAGUGCUUCGAGGCGGCGGCGCGCGAGAACAUCGAGCGCGAGAUCUGCACACUGCGCGAACAUCUGCUCACCGGCAGGACCGACUAGACGCCGCGCCGCCUGCCCCGACGUCUGCCCCCGACAUCUGGCCCCGACACCAGCAACAGGCAGCACCUGUAUCCUAGAACCAUCACAUUAUGUCCUGUGACGCGUGCUGGUGGCUGCAGACGCUAUAAUGUCAUAAUUAUAAAAUGGGUGUCAUUAUGUAUUACUCGUGCGCAGAAACGUUGUCGAUGGCGUGAUGACGUCACGCUGUAGAUGCCGGUGCCGAGCGGACGAGCGCGGUGUCAGCGGCAAACAUUCUGCGUGCUCCUAAUAUUUACAACAUGAUUCUUAGCCAUUUUUUAGUUAAUGCUGUUAUUUAUUCGUAUGACGUUUACCUAUUCAUUGCAUUUACUUUUAAAUAGAGAAUUGUAUUGAUUAUUGCGUAAAUAUUAGAAAAGUACUCUCAUUGUAAAAAUUGCCAGAUAUUUAAUUUAAUUUCACCUAAAACCUAUAAUAUUUGUUACAAGUUUCAAACAUUUACAAUCAUAUAAUGUCUAAUAUAUUUUUUAUUUUUGUAUAUAAUAAUUAUAAUACGACAUAUAUGACAAUUAUUUUAAAUUAUUUAUUUCAUCGUAAAAGUUUCUCAAAGAAACUAUGGUAUAAUAACAAAUAUCUAAUCUUUGCAAUCAAUUGCAUAAUUUGUAGUUGUGCGCUACCGUUUUUGAUUUUAUUUAAUCCUCAAUUAACAAUAUUUUAAUUACGUUUGUGAUAAAAAAUUUUAUAAUAAUAUUUUAUGUGCAUUUAUUUAGAAAUAUGUAGGUAUAUAUCCUUAUGUAAUGCUUUCAUUGUAAUAGUAGUAAGAAUUACUCUAGCUAUGCGUUUUUUCUCAUUUAUGUCUAUUAUUUAUUCUUACAAGGUAACGAAAUACUUAGAAUAAGAACCGUAGAUUAAACGAUAUGUAUUUAGGUGUUCAAGAAUGUGUAAAAUAUAGAAACUCAUUUUAAA